AUUGCGAAGAAUAACGUGUACAUUUUGUUGAACGUAUGUUGUAAUACAAUAUAAAUAAAUAAAAUUGGGCAGGAUACGACUUGUUUAGGUCAUGCGUACAGAGGAAAAUGCGAGUCUGGAGACUUAAAUGUUAUGUGUUUUGGAUCUAAUCACAAUGAGUUAUGCGGAGAAGCCGGAGGACGUAACAAAGGAAGAGUGGUUGGAUAAACUCAACAAUGUUCACAUUCAGAGAGCUGAUAUGAACAGGCUGAUAAUGAACUACCUGGUUACAGAAGGAUUCAAAGAGGCAGCAGAAAAGUUCCGGAUGGAGUCCGGAAUAGAGCCCAGUGUGGACCUGGACUCCUUGGAUGAACGGAUUAAGAUCAGGGAGUUGAUAUUAAAAGGACAGAUCCAGGAUGCCAUUGCACUUAUCAAUAGUCUGCACCCAGAACUGCUGGAUACAAAUCGUUACCUAUACUUUCACUUACAGCAGCAGCAUCUUAUUGAGCUGAUUCGUCUGAGGGAGACCGAGGCUGCCCUUGAAUUUGCCCAGUCUCAGUUAGCAGAGCAGGGCGAGGAGAGCCGAGAAUGUCUGACUGAGAUGGAGAGGACACUGGCUCUGUUGGCAUUUGACAACCCAGAAGACUCACCCUUUGGAGAUCUGCUCAAUAUAAUGCAGAGACAAAAGGUCUGGAGCGAGGUUAAUCAGUGUGUACUAGACUAUGAAAACAGAGAAUCCACUCCGAAGCUGGCUAAGUUACUAAAGCUACUGUUGUGGGCUCAGAACGAACUUGACCAAAAGAAAGUCAAAUAUCCCAAAAUGACUGACCUCAGCAAGGGAACGAUCGAAGACCCCAAAUAAAGACUCAGAUUAAAUAAAUAACACAUCAUUACAGAAUGGACACAAUUCUUUAUCUAUUUAUAACCCCGGAAGCUGAAUCAGAGUACAACCUUUUCUAUUUUGUAAGGGUUGCCUUUUGAUACUUUAUUAAUUCUAAACUGUACUUAUUGCAGUUUAAGGUUACUUCUUACUCAGUAAUAACAACCAAACCAGUUAUUUUAUUUGGUAUUAUUCUAAUUUACAUAUUUGUUUAUGUAAAGCAAAAUGUUUUAUUUACUCUAGUUUUUCUGUCUGUUGGCAGGGAAUGUUGUUGGCAGCGGAGGUUGUAAAUAAAGCCUAAAUUAGGCUGAUAGUUUGUGUGUGUGUGCCCACUUCAACGGUGCAGAAUUUCAUCAGAAAAAAGUUUUGGCUUAAUGUGCAAUGCAUAAAAUAAAUAUAUUCCUUCAGGAAAUACAUUUCAACCGGUGGAAUUUGAUCUGGUACAUGUGAAAAAAUUGUCAAAAGGCAUUAUCUGGUGUGUUUAAGGCUACUGCAAAUCUGAAAGUUAAAUUUUAAUUUAAGAAUCAGGAUGUGUUAUUAAGAAACUUACUAAAGACAGCGGUAAAGAUACACAAACGUAAAUAAAAACCCUCAAGCUUUAAGUUAUGGUAGUAAUUUGAUAAGAUUACUGGAGUAUUAAAAAUGUUACAGCAUACAGCAACUGUGACUAUGUAAGCUGGAGGAACAGGAUGUAUAAAGAUAUGAAUGGGUAGAUAUGCUGGCAAACAUGGAGACACUAUUAUGUAUGAGUGAUUACAUUUGUAGCAACUUGGCUAAAUUUUGUGCUUUCUGCUAUAUUAUUUUGCAAUAAAAGUUGAUUUCUCAGACUUGAUUAGUCACAUGGAAUGUGUUUAUGUCAAUGGAAAUUUCACAUGUAGUUUAUUUUUUAUGGAUCGCUUUAAAAAAAGACGUUUUGGGCAAAAACCUGGAUUUAAUCUGAAUUUGGCAAAUUAGAUUGAUAUCCAGUAGUCUGGUGUAAAUUUGUUAAUUUCUGUUUUUCCACUGUAUAAAUAAAACCGUCUUUACAAA